AAGCCACAGCAGAUGUUGGCGGCUCGAUGCGUUUCCCAAAGCCACAGGCAGGACGCGCGUGAGGUCAGGUUACACAGGGGGUGGAACGGUUAGCAUUUUAGCAUAGCUAGCUAACGCGCGCUUAGUGUUGGGUUAUUGUUACCGUUUAUAGCUCAUAGUUCUUGUUUCUAUCACAGUGAACCCGCGUUUUUCUGAGUUUGUUUAUUAAAAGUGGUGGUAGCGAACUUGAAUUUACUUACCAAACUCAGCUCGGUCGCCAACAAACUGCGUGUGGAGGUUAUUGUAGCAUCUGAGGCUAAAAUAAAAAAGGUGUUUCUGGUGAGAAAGAUCAGAGGAGUGGACAGAGGACAGCUGUACGCCAUGAAGGUCCUCAAGAAAGCCACACUGAAAGUUCGGGAUCGUGUGCGGUCUAAGAUGGAAAGAGACAUUCUGGCAGAAGUGAACCAUCCAUUUAUAGUUAAACUGCACUAUGCCUUCCAGACAGAGGGAAAGCUCUAUCUGAUCCUAGACUUCCUCCGAGGAGGAGACCUUUUCACUCGUCUGUCAAAGGAGGUAAUGUUUACAGAAGAGGAUGUGAAGUUUUACCUUGCAGAGUUGGCCCUGGCCUUGGACCAUCUACACAGUCUGGGGAUCAUCUACAGGGACCUCAAACCUGAAAAUAUUCUCCUGGAUGAAGAAGGACACAUUAAGAUAACUGACUUUGGAUUGAGUAAGGAGGCCAUCGACCAUGAUAAAAGAGCAUAUUCCUUCUGUGGAACAAUAGAGUACAUGGCUCCAGAGGUUGUAAACAGGAGAGGGCAUACACAAAGUGCUGACUGGUGGUCAUUCGGGGUACUUAUGUUUGAGAUGCUGACAGGAUCAUUACCGUUCCAAGGGAAAGAUCGGAAGGAAACAAUGGCACUUAUUCUGAAGGCUAAGCUGGGAAUGCCACAGUUCCUCAGUCCUGAAGUGCAGAGUUUAUUAAGAGCGCUCUUCAAGAGGAACCCUGCUAAUCGACUAGGUGCAGGACCAGAUGGAGUGGAGGAGAUAAAGAGACAUCGCUUCUUUGCAUCGAUAGACUGGAAUAAGUUGUACAGGAAGGAGGUGAGGCCUCCAUUCAAACCCACAGUUGGACGACCUGAAGACACUUUCCAUUUUGACCCUGAGUUCACCUCCAGAACACCCACUGAUUCUCCCGGCAUCCCUCCCAGCGCAAACACACACCAGCUGUUUCGUGGUUUCAGCUUUGUUGCAACAAAUCAAAGUCAGGAGCCCAGUGUUGCUACGGUAGCGCCUUCACGUCAGGAGGUGAACAACAUCGAUCCCAUAGCAAAGCAUCUCCAAGGUGAUUUGACCUUCAGUGAUGUCUAUGAGCUUAAGGAGGAAGUUGGACAGACAGCGACUUCUGUCUGCAGACGAUGUCUGCACAGAGUUACUGCUGUGGAGUAUUCAGUGAAGAUUAUUGACAGAGCAAGGAAAGAUCCAGCGGAGGAGAUUGAGAUUCUGUUAAGAUACGGACAGCAUCCAAAUAUUAUUACCCUGAAAGAUGUGUUUGACAACGGCCAGUGUGUGUACCUGGUUCAGGAUUUACUGAGAGGGGCCGAGCUGCUGGACAGAGCUCUGACGGUGCCAAAUUUUACAGAGAGAGAUGCAUCAGACAUCAUCUGCACGCUGACCAAGACUGUGGAAUAUUUACAUUCACAGGGGGUCGUGCAUCGAGACCUGAAGCCCAGUAACAUUCGCUAUGCUGAUGACAGUGGACUCCCAGAGUGCAUCAGGAUAUGUGACUUUGGUUUUGCCAAACAGCUCAGGGCUGAGAAUGGCCUAUUGAUGACUCCCUGUUACACAGCUACGUUCAUGGCUCCUGAGGUGCUGAAGAAACAGGGUUAUGAUGCAGCCUGUGACAUCUGGAGCCUGGGGAUCCUGCUCUACACCAUGAUAGCUGGUUUCAGUCCGUUUGCCAGCAGUUCUGAGGACACAGCAGAGGAAAUUCUGGCUCAAAUCGGCAGCGGGAAAUUCAUUACCACAGGAGGGAACUGGGACCUGGUGUCAGACACUGCCAAGGACAUUGUAAUCAAGAUGCUUCAUGUGGACCCUCACCAACGCCUGACUGCACCCCAGGUUCUUCGUCACCCUUGGAUUGCAGACAGAGACCAGCUCUCUGACAGAGCUCUCACCAGACAAGAUGCUCUCACUGUCAAGGGGGCACUGUCUGCCACCUACUCUGCUCUGAGGCGCUGCGCUCCGGCUCCAGUCCUGGAGCCUGUUCAGUCCUCCAGCCUGGCACAGCGGCGAGGAAUGAAGAAACUGGGGAGUCCCAAAGUUAAUCCAGACCCUAAAGAAAAGGAGUAGCCCCAAAAAUGUGAAUGAAAAUUUUAAAGAAACGAAUCAUAGACCCCUGAAAUUAAAGAAGACGUACUCAAGCAUGUGCAAAGUGCUUGUGGGCCUACAAACUGAAUGUAGCAAAGGGAUGAAGUCUAAUUAACUAAACAAUAAAGCAGUCCGUUAGCACCGGCAUCAGGACUAACUUCAGUUCACCCAAUUCAAAGUGUAAAUUUUAAACCCUUGAAAUGUGAAACCAAUCUGGUACUCGGCAAUAUAACAGUCUUCGUUGGCACCUGCACAUAACAUGACUCUGAAUCUGAUCAGAACCCAAUGGCCUUAAGAAAUGUACCAUUAUUACAGUAAAAAUCUUAAUUCUGAACACAGAGGGUUUCAUUCAAUCAUACAGAAGCCUAUUUAUCUAAAUUUAUCUAAAUUUUCACUUUAAUUGUGAGCCUGGCUCUCAGACUACAUUUCUCAUAGUUUGGUCAUAAAGCCAGGAAUUAAACUGAUCUGCAGCUAAUAUUUUAAAGCGUUUUAUGUCUUUUUGGUUGUACGUGUCAGAAUAUAACUAGAGCUGUAGCGCAGUAUACACGGACGAAUAUAGAAGCUCCAGCAGCUAACAGUGGGACAAAUUAGUCUGGUCACCAAAAUCAGAAACAGCAGUACUCAGUGCCAGAAACAACUUUAGUUUUUACAUUCAGCACAAAUAUGUACGUCACAGAGUUCAUGCCAAACAUUAAUACUGUCUUCCACAGUCAUUGCUUUACUGUAUCGCACAACAGAUAUAGUAUGUCGGAGUAACAUGUAUUUGACUGAGGCACUGUCACUCUGAUUAUGAUUUCUGUUUCCUCCAAUCAGUCCUCUGAAUUCUACACUUAUGCAUGUGAAAAAUGUAAAUAUCCUACCAAAGGGAAUCAUUGAGUUGAUGCCAUUGAAGUCUUAUUGUUCAUAAUACGGUUAAUAAUUUCAUUGUAUGUACUGUUGUCUUCCAUAAAAACAGCCUUUGACUCUUGUAAAAUUUAUCGUUAAAUGUAUCGAUACCACAUUUCUCAGAUCAGAUGGAACAGUGAGCUUUGAAGGUGUUUAUGUUGGACGUAGUUUGUUGUGUUUUUUCAUGACAUAUUCAAAAAUGUCAUUUGGCUUAAGAGUAGUCGUAGAGGCAGGGAAACCCGGAGAGCGUCAUAUGGCUCUUUGGUGAACUCAUAGCAAAACUCUGCAGCCUAUACUAGUUUGUAUUAUUAACUCAGCAUUCGGUGUGAUAGAUCAUCUUUCAGUGUGCACUCGAGUGUGUCCAGUAGCUGCCAGUACACUUCUGUUCGCUGUUAGUGUCUGAAAGCCAAAAUGUGUGAGAACCACUGUGUCAGAGGAUUGUAUAUACUGUCUAUUGCUGCUGCCCUGAUUGUACCUAAUAAGUUGUACAAUCACAAAUACGAGGUAAGACUGAACAGGGUGUUUCGCAGACAUGAGUAGCACACUUUGUGUUGUACAAAUACAGUGUUGUACAGUUCACCAGUAGGAAUGUAGAUUAAGACGCUCCACAACUAAUACGCAUACUUACUGGUCAGAGGUUAAACAAAAACAUAUUGUGACGGUAAUUCUGUACAUAUUAUGUUUGCCAACAGACAGGCUGUGUGUGUUGUGACGCACUGCACAACUGUGAGAGGUGGAGCAGGGCCUGAUGCUAUUACGAGUAUGCAGAUAAGGUUGUAGCUAUUGUGCUGUACAACCACAAGGUUGAGGUAAAGCUGUAAAUAUUGUUUACUAAUUUAGAUUGUACAUAUCGUGCUGUACAACUAUCGGCAAGCAGUAGGACUGUAUAUAUUGUGUUUGCAGAUAUAUAGAGAUUGUACAUAUUCUAUUGUGUUGUGCGUCCAUUGCUCAGAGUGUACAUACUGUCUAUACCUGGCCAAAUCACUUAAAUUAUUGGCUAGAAUGCCAAAGUUUUACAAAUAAAGGUAAAAGAACGGAA